UAUACCUAGCAUUUCGGUCGGUGGACGCUUGAGGAAUACGUUUUAUAGCGCUGCAAAACCCCCCAGCAGCAGCAGCAACAGCAGCAGCAGCAACAACAACGACGACAACAAAGACAGCGACGUCGACGUCAACGACAAGAGAAGCCCACAACAAGGUGUCUGAUGUUUUGUGAUUGACUUGGCGUGUUGUGGAGGAUAAGUUUGAGCGGCUAUGGCGGGCCAGGAGACGUACUAUGCCCUGCAUGGGCCCGACCUGCUGCUGCGACACCUCGAGACCGGGAUGGUCGUGUCCGUGUACAGCCUCAAGAAGAAACCCGAGAACCUGACGCUCAAAGUGGUCCUGGAGACCAAGGAGUUGGUCUGUCUGCGGGCCGAGGGAAGCAGGCCGAUGUGCAAAGUUCCCCUGGGAAGUGUGAAGGAUAUUCGAAUCACUCGAAAGAGCCCGGAUUUCGACCGAUGGGCUGAAGAGUCCAGUAAAGUGGACGAGAACCUGUGUUUCGUUAUCCUGUAUGGGAUGGAGUUUAACCUGCAAACCCUGUCACUUGUUGCCAAAGACAGUUCCAAUCACAAAGUUCUUUCCGAGGGCGUCUUGCAUUUGGUGAGCAGCACGAAACACGCGUCGUACCAAGUACAGACCGAAAUAUGGUUAUGGCGACAGUUUUACGACACUCGGAAGAGUGAAUCGAAACAAAAAGUUUCACUUGCAGAGUUCAGAUCGUGGUUAGCCACCAUCAGUCUCAACAUCAGCACCAAGGACCUUAAGCAACUAUGCAAGACUCUGGAUAUUCAACGGAUUGAAAAUCACGAGUUUUUCACAUUAUACAAACACAUUAUGCAUAAACCAGAGUUGAUAGUAAGAUACUUCGACGACUACUUUGGCGGUGAUAUAUCAGACAAUGACGGCAACGUUUCAGAGAGGAGAAUGUUUCCAGAAGAUUUAGCAGAUUUUUUAAAAACAGAACAAAAGGACGAGCACGCCAGUGCAGACGACUGCAAGAAGAUGAUGAGGGAUCUGGUCGACGAUACGUAUAGAGUGGCGAGUGGAAUCAACAUCACAGAAACUGAGUUUCUGGAUUAUCUGUUUUCGUCGGACAACUCUGUGUGGGAUCCUGCGCAGAACGAGAUUAACCAGGACAUGAACCAGCCUCUGUGUGAUUACUGGAUUGCGUCAUCACACAACACGUAUUUGACAGGCAAUCAGUUGAACAGCGACUCCAGUGUAGAACCAUACGCCAGAGCGCUGAGGACGGGGUGCCGCUGUGUAGAGUUGGAUUGUUGGGACGGCCCAGACGGCAUUCCAGAAAUAAAACAUGGAAAACGAACUUUGACCUCCAGUAUCAAAGUCAUUGACGUCUUGAAAAUAAUCAAAGACAACGCAUGGAUAGCCUCGGACUAUCCCAUUAUUUUGUCGCUAGAAAACCACCUGUGUCUGGAACAACAGAGAUAUCUGGCCAAGGCCUUGCGAGACACGUUUGGAGAUGACCUAUUGACGGAAUGUUUGGAAUCGAAUGAAAAACAAUUACCAGCCCCAGAGAGACUGAGAAGGAAAAUACUGAUCAAGGAUAAAAAGUUGCAGGGUAACAAUGACGGUCAAAGCGGUGCAAUCAUAAAAAGUGGAAUUAUGUACGUGAUGGAGUCAGCCAAUAAGUCGGCGUCAGUGUGGACACCGUACACGUUUGUGUUGACCGAGUCCGAGCUGCUCUACACACUGCAGGAGGCCCACGAGGAAAUGGAAGAAGACGAGCCCGUGGAAUAUGAAGACCUGGACAGUGACGAGGAAUACCUGGACACAGAGUCGUGGUAUCACGGGGAACUCCCCACCGGGAAGAAACAGGCGGACGAAUUGUUGCUGUCACACUACGCUGGUGACGGGACAUACCUGGUACGAAACAGCGGAAAAGGGGCAGGGUACACGCUGUCUCUCAUCCUGAAUAACAAAGUGAACCACUGCCGCAUCAAGGAGACGGACGAUGGACGGUACACGCUGGGGGACAAUGACGCGUUCCGAACUAUCCCCGAACUCAUACACUACUACACGCAGCACCCCAUCCAUUUCCCUAAUGUCCUGGUGAAACUCACCCACCCGGUCGACAGGACACUCGACAAGCCGUGGUUCUUUCCGAACUGCAGUCGAGACAAGGCUGAGCUGAUUCUGUCAGGAAUUCCGGAAGACGGCAGGUUUCUGAUCCGCAGUUCGUUCGACAACUCGUUGUCUCUGUCCUUCAGGUAUCAUCGGACGAUUCGUCAUUUCCGCAUCUACAAGCCAGGUCAGUUCUACGAGAUCGGGCCGUACCGGUUCGUGUCACUCGACAAGCUCGUGCAGUACUUCCAGAAGUGUCCGCUUUACAAGAGGAUGAAGCUCGGCAAGCCAGCGGAAAGAAUUCUAUCUACAGAGGAACAUGAUGACGACUGCGUUACAUACGCCAGCAACAUGUACUGCGAAGUGAACAGUCUAACAGCCCGACCAACGGUUUCUGUUCGAGCGUUAUACGACUUCCAUGCACAGGAGAGUGACCAGCUGUCGUUCAAGAGGGGGGCAGUGAUAACCAAUGUAUUUCAAGAUGACCAGUCAUGGUGGUUGGGCGAUCAUGGCGAACAGAAACAGAUGUAUUUUCCUGCCAAUUACGUCGAGGUGAUACAGCCCGAUGAGGCAGCAGACACCAGUACCCACGUACUCCCGCUAGCUGAGUGCAGAGUUGAGCCGAGUCAGCGCCAGGGAGACCAGGUGUUCGUGUUCAAGCUGUAUAACCGAGUGACGAGCGAUCCCCUGCUGUUGUCAUGUGAUACCAGGGAGGACCUCAAGGAGUGGAUUGAGGUCAUCAUGGACACCACUGUGGCGCACACGCAACAGACUAAGAAUCAAUCGGUUGCCGAGACUCGACAGAAACGAGCCAAAGAGUUAUCUGAUCUUGUCAUAUACUGCCAAGCAGUGCCUUUCGUGCAAGAAAACAUUCCAGGCAAACACUUCCAGAUGUCCUCCUUCUCGGAGAAGGCGAUUCGGGAUUACAUCACCAAGGAGAGAGUUGUGACAAUAACAAACUACAACUGUUACCAGCUAAGCCGAGUUUACCCGAAGUUCACUCGGGUGAUGUCGGAUAACUACGACCCGAUGAUGGUGUGGGCGUGUGGUUGUCAGAUGGUUGCGCUCAACUACCAAACACCGGACAGACCCAUGCAGCUCAACCAGGCGCAGUUUCUCAGGAACGGCAGGUGUGGCUACGUUCUAAAACCGGACUGCAUGCGAAAGGCGAACUUCUCACCCUUCAACCUGGUGUCGCUACAAGAUGUGCAACCCGUCACGCUCACCAUCAAGAUUCUGGCUGGUCGCCAUAUCAGCUCUGUUAUCCGAGGCCGUGCAGUGGGAAGUCCUUUUGUUAUAAUAGAUAUACAUGGCCUUGACCUUGACACGCAAUCUGUCAGGACAUCGGCAACCAAUGUUGUGAAUGGACUGAACCCGGAGUGGAAGGACCAGAGUUUCAUAUUUGACAUCACGUUGCCGGAACUGGCGCUGGUUCGCUUUGAGAUCCGCGACGAGGCUUUCUUCCAGGAGACCCUGUCGCAAGCUAUAUUCCCUGUGGUCGGUCUGAGACAAGGAUAUCGAAGUGUUCCUCUCAACAACGCGUACAGUGAACGUCAGGAACUGUCGUCUCUUUUGAUCCACGUCUCCAUCUCCAACCCCAAGGUUGAGGAGGAUAUUCAUCUGUUCAAAAUUGUGGAGGAGCUGCGCAGCAUGUAUGUCACUUGGUCGGAUAGUAUUGAAAAUCGCCCAGCCAGCGACAAGUCCAGACAACUCUUGCUGGAAACGGAACAGAAGUUGUUAAAUGAUCUGGAAUCGAGAAAGAAAUUAAGAAAACCUCAGUCGAAGACAAACACUGGCAAGCGACCAACAGGCCAGCGCAGAUGAUCGACUGACCGAUCGUCUAAUUGAACAUGUUGUGAUAUGUUAAUACACCACAGGGGUGGACCCAGCAGAUAAUAUUAUAUGAGGGUGGGCGUGACUAAGGGCAAAGAGGACGUGGACCAACUCAUGAAAACAACAACCUAAUGAACAUGUUUUAAAAUGAGGCACUGGAAUUUAUUUAAGGGUCCACUGCCCAUCCCCUUGUUGUAUCCACCUCAGCAUCAAGUAUUAAAACAUAAAAAGGCAUAACGGAUACUUCGCUGUGACGACUUUGAUCUACACUAUUCUGUUAUUGUUAAAUCAUUAGAACAAAGUGAAAACAAUAAUACUCAUCGUGGAAAUAAAAUGUGGACAAUUUUACUUUUUAAUUUUGAAGCAAAGAAGACUGCCAAUGGUUCAAAUUAUUUUUUUUCUCUUUGAAGAAUGACUUAUGUGUUAUUUAACCUAAUGCCACUGAUGUUUCAAAUUAUUUUCUAUCUUUGAAGAAUGACUUACCUGUAAAUACCUAAUGACACUGAUAUUUCAAAUUAUUGUCUAUCUUUGAAGAAUGACUUACCUGCAAAUUAACCUUAUAACACUGAUGUUUCAAAUUAUUUUCUAUCUUUGAAGAAUGACUUACCUGUAAAUUAACCUUAUGACACUGAUGUUUCAAAUUAUUUUCUAUCUUUGAAGAAUGACUUACCUGUGAUUUAACCUAAUGAUACUGAUAUUUCAAAUUAGUUUCUAUCUUUGAAGCAUGACUUACCUGUUAUUUAACCUAAUAACACUGACUUUUCAAAUUAUUUGAAGCAUGGCAUUGAUAUAGCUGGUUUUUUAACCUAAUGCAACUGCUGUGAAUUAGCAUAAUAAUACUUUUGUGUUUUCCACAGUUAACCCACAAACCACUUUCUACAGGUUAACACGUCUCAGGAAAUCUCCAAAAUCUGUGGACCCAAAACUCUUUGUUGUAGAGUCCUAGCAGACCCAAAACUCUUUGUUGUAGAGUCCUAUUAGACCCAAAACACUUUGUUGUAGGGGGCUAGCAGACCCAAAACUCUUUGUUGUAGGGGCCUAGCAGACCCAAAACUCUUUGUUGUAGAGUCCUAUUAGACUCAAAACACUUUGUUGUAGGGGGCUAGCAGACCCAAAACUCUUUGUUGUAGGGGCCUAGCAGACCCCCAGACCAUUCUGGGUUUGGAUAUUUUCUAGGCUAAUGCGUGUAACUAUUAACAAUUAACAAUCAGUUUUCAGUAUAACAAAAUCAAAAUCUCAUUUUCGUGUGUGUGUGUAUAUAUAUAUAUAUAUAUAUAUAUAUAUAUAUAUAUAUAUAUAUAUAUCGUGUGUGUGUGUGUGUGUGUGUGUGUGUGUGUGUGUAUACUGGACACCAAAAGAAACGCGAAUACAAGUUUCAGCUGUAAGAUUAUUAUUAUUAUUAUUAUAUUUUAACAACAGGUUAACACAUUGCGAUUCAAAAUUACAAGUUGAUAUAUCGUUUAUCAUUGAGUUGAGAGCUUGUAAUCGAGUAAACCUGUUAUAAUUACAAAGUAACGAUAACCCUGAUUGCGUUUCUAUUGUUGUCCAGUAUAUUAGGAAAUCAACUAAAGUCUGAAAGACGAUAAUCAUUAGGACGAUCGCAAAUAGUGUGAAUAUACAAACAGUGAUAUUCUAGACAUCAAAAUGUAUUUCAUAUAAUAUUUAAUUUUAGUCUUUAUGAAGGUAUUGUCAGUCGAAAGCCUCUUGACAAUGGCACGCAACUCUGUAACCUUUUGUGUUCAAAUCUAACAAAAAGCUACAUAGAACCUUAGGGAGUAACAAUCAAUUAAAAGCUUAUUUCUGUCUUCAUUGAUAUUAGCUGCUUUGAUGUUUUCAUUAAUUAAAUAAUAUUCUUGCACAUCUGCAAUAAACCGGAUGCGUUUAUAUGGACGCGUGCUGCGCACUUGAUUACGCUCACGCAUACGUGCACAUGAAAAGUUAAUGGUUGCUUUGUUUAACGACACCACUGGAGAAUAUUGAUUAAUUAAUCAAAGAAUUUUGGAGAUAUGAAAGCGUGCACAUUGUUGUUGGUUUUUUUUUUUUUUUUUUUUUAUUGUAAGCCUAUGUGAUUCUGUGUUAUUUGUUUGCAUGCUUGUGUAUGUAUCAGAUCAAUGUAUGCAUGAGCGUUACUAACGGUAAAAAAGGGUAACACGCGCACCGCUCUGUAGACACUAGAGAGAUUACCACAAUCGAUUAGGCUAGUGUUCCAUGACAGUCUUUUAAGUUGUAAAAUUGACAGAACCGAAGAACUCCAUUUCAAUUAUCAAAAGGUCUACGCAGGUGUCUGUGUUACUAUUUUUUUUACAUUCAUUAUUUUUUUACUUUUCUAAUAAAAUCGUUUAUUAUC